UGCUGCAGGGGGCAAAGUCGCUGGGCAGCUCAGAGCCCGGAGAACAAGCGGAGCGAGCCCGGAAGAGCCCGGGGUCGCUGGGCUGAUCAGAGCCCGGAGAACGCGCGGAGCGUGCCCGGAAGAGCCCGGGGUCGCUGGGCUGAUCAGAGCCCGGAGAACGCGCGGAGCGAGGCUCGUUGCUCCCCGCGUCCGAUCCCCGCGAUCCCGGCCCGGCCCCGCAAGUGCCGCCAGCCCGGAGCCCGCGGGACUUCCGGAUUGGAGAGUCCGGAGCAGGGGGGCGACCAGGGCCAGGACCCCCGCCCCGGCUCGGCUCGGCGGCUGCUGAAUCGGACCCAGUCAGACCGAGAGCAGCCGACCCCAGCCCAGCGCCUGCAGCAGCGCCUGUAGCCUGGGUGUCGCUGAGAGAGACCAUGGAGUCAGCAGCCGGGAAUAUGGAAAGCAAAGAGUCGCUGCAGCAGGGGUCCCGUAUUGGUGGCAGUAGACACCUGGAGACUGGCAGGGAGCCAGAACCUCGCUGUAACUGCAAGAAAUGUAACUACUACAAGAAACAUACAAUUGUGCUCGCAGUCGCCCUUGCAGUUGUGUCCUUAUGUCUCAUCCCUGCUAUUGUCCUGGCAGUGCUCCUAUUCACAAGAUCUUUGGAUGCUCGAGCCAUCUUUGCUGUCCCCUCUCCGGGCCCCCCUUUUCUCCCCUCUCCGGGCCCCCCUUUUGUCCCCUGCUGCCCGGAGGUGUGGGUCGGAUACCGAGGGAAAUGCUACUAUUUCUCAAAGGAAGAAAAGAACUGGAAUUCUAGCCAGCACUUCUGCUCUUCGUUCAAUGCUUCCCUGGCUGUGAUUGACACCCAGGAGGAAAAGGAUUUCAUGAUGAACUAUGCAGGCCUCGUUGAGCACUGGAUUGGGCUCAGAAGAGAAUCAAGCCAGCCCUGGAAGUGGGUGAACGGAACCAUCUUCAACCAGCAGCUGUGGGAGUUUUGGGAUGAAUCCUGUUGCUGGUGCAGAAAGGGGAAACCCUGAGAACCUGUGAGCGCUGCAGCUCUGCUUCACCAUCCAAAUGUGUGGAAUGCUACCUUGACCGUGAGAGAUGCAGGUGGAGGGGGAAACGGUCAGCUCCUGACUAGCUCCAUGGCUUACAUUACAGGUUUGAAGUAAGAGCAGAAGGGGACUGUGCGUAUCUGAGCGAUGUCUUCGUGAGCUCUUCAAGGUGCUAUUCUCUGAGGAACUGGAUCUGUAGCAAACCUGAUGCAUAUACAAAGGAAAAGGAACAUGCAAUGGAGGGGGACUAGUAGGGAUGUAGACUAAUUAGGGUAUGUCUACACUACGAAAUUAGGUCGAAUUUAUAGAAGUUGGUUUUUUAGAAAUCGGUUUUAUAUAUUCGAGUGUGUGUGUCCCCACACAAAAUGCUCUAAGUGCAUUAAGUGCAUUAACUCGGCGGAGUGCUUCCACAGUACCGAGGCUAGAGUCGACUUCCGGAGUGUUGCACUGUGGGUGGCUAUCCCACAGUUCCCGCAGUCUCUGCUGCCCAUUGGAAUUCUGGGUUGAGAUCCCAAUGCCUGAAGGGGCUAAAACAUUGUCACGGGUGGUUCUGGGUACUUAUCAUCAGGCCCCCGUUCCCUCCCUCCCUCCGUGAAAGCAGCAGCAGACAAUCUGCUGAUGAGCUCUGCAUGGUCACCUGCAGCUUGCCACGGUGGCCAAACAGGAAAUGAGAUUCAAAAGUUCGCAGUUCUUUUCCUGUCUACCUGGCCAGUGCAUCUGAGCUGAGAGUGCUGUCCAGAGCGGUCACAAUGGAGCACUCUGGGAUAGCUCCUGGAGGCCAAUACCGUCGAAUUGUGUCCACAGUACCCCAGAUUCGACCCGGCAAGGCCAAUUUAAGCGCUAAUCCACUUGUCAGGGGUGGAGUAAGGAAAUCGAUUUUAAGAGCCCUUUAAGUUGAAAUAAAGGGCUUCGUUGUCUGGACGGGUGCAGGUUUACAUCGAUUUAACGCUGCUAAAUUCGACCUAUAGUCCUAGUGUAGACCAGGGCUUAGAGGAUUGGGCCAGAAGUCUGAUGAGGUUCAACAAGGACAGGCGCAGAAGAAUCCCAUGCACUGCUACAGACUAGAGACAGAGUGGCUAGGCAGCAGUUCUACAGAAAAGGACCUGGAGUUACAGUGGACAAGAAGCUGGAUACGAGUCAACAGUGUGUCCUUGUUGCCAAGAAGGCUGGUCUCAACGGUAGCAGCAUCAACAGAAUUGCAUGGGAUUGACAAAAGAACGUGAGCAAUCUGGCUAAGUUUUGGCAAACACGUGCUAGCUUUUCCAAAAGCUGGAGAGAGAAAUGUCAUGGGUACUAGGAAGAUCAUUUACAAUGUUCGAGUAAACUGCCCAUUCACCCUCUGAUACAGAACUCGGCCGCAGAAUUCUCUGUUCAUAGUCACUACAGUUGUGGGAGUCCAUGAACUUGCUUGGGAUCAAGGAUUCUGACAUUGCAAAAAAAUCUAUAUGCUGUCUGUCUUUAAGUACCCCUGCAGUUUCUCUCCACAGCUUUAAAAAACUUGAUGCUUGACAUUGUCCAGUCCAGUGCGUUCUGUCCUUCGUACUGAAGUGUUGCCAACAGAUCAGAGGCAGCGUUUGUACCCUUCUGUUGGUAAUGUUGAAGGUGAUUCAAACUUAAGUCUUUGUAUGUAUAUGACUGUGUGUAUACAAACGAUACAUAUGUAUGUGACUGCUUUACCAUUUAACAAAUUCUCUUUAUUUUUUCUUUAGCAUCUAAACUUAAAGGUUUAUUAUAAACGA